AUAGCCUCUUACCCAUUGCACAGGAGGGGGGCUUUGAUCAAUGUUUACAAGAUUCACACGGGGUUUUAUUUUGGAGUAACUGUUCAGUGAGGAUGUGGGCAUUGCUGAUCAAGCCAACAUUUUGAGAGUCAACUACAUUGUAAUGGGUCUGGAGUCCUACGUAGGUUAGACCAGUGUUCGUCAGAAGACAACCCUCGUUGGAAAUGAGGAGAAUCACAAAGACUGAACCACUUGGUUCAGAGACGGAUGGUGUCACUGUCAAAUCAUUUUGGACUGAUUAAUUGGACUGGCACUCCAGAUACGCUAAAUGUGGUUAAGAAUGAUGCGGAGAGGAAUGCCAACAUGGAUUUGGCGACUUGCUAUGGUAUUGGUUCUACUGUGUUGCAUUGUUUCCUUGUUAUACAUGUUGGCAUGUACUCCAAAGGUGGAAGAUGGCCAGCCCAUACUGCCUAGGGUAAGUGGCACAACCGGUAAGGAUAACUUCCAAGUGCUGCUUGAAGAACGUGAGGAACAACACCAUAAUUACAUCACCAGUCUAAAGAGACAAAUUGCACAACUAAAGGAGGAACUGCAGGAACGCAGCGAGCAACUGAAGGCUGCGCAGGAUCGUUAUGGUGACUCGCUGGGAGCUAAUAUUGACCGGAGCAGCCCGGAGAAAACCCAGGCGAGUCUGCUCAAAUAUCUGCACUCUCAGGUCGACAAAGCAGAGGUCUACUCUGCGGUCAGACUGCCCACGGAAUAUUCUGUGAUACCGUUCGAGAGCUUCACUUUACAGAAAGUGUACCAGCUGGAAAUGGGCCUGACGCGACACCCCGAGGAGAAACCAGUCCGAAAGGAUAAACGGGAUGAGCUGGUGGAAGCUAUUGAGGUUGCACUAGAAUUUCUGAACACCCCUGGAGAUGAAGGAGCAACAAAUCAGCGUAUGCAUGCAGCUGCUGACUUUGUUGAAGGUAUUUAUCGCACUGAGAAAGAUAAAGGCACUUUGUAUGAGCUGACUUUCAAAGGAGACCAAGCCCAUGAGUUCAAACGCCUAGUUUUAUUUCGUCCCUUUGGCCCCAUCAUGAAAGUGAAGAAAGCAAAAGUGGAUACAUCCAACAUGCUGAUUAAUAUCAUAGUGCCUCUGGCGAAAAGAGCUGAUAAAUUUCGACAAUUCAUGCACAAUUUCAGGGAGGUGUGUAUACGUCUGGAUGGCAGAGUCCACCUCACUGUGGUCUACUUUGGGACAGAACAAAUGACUGAAGUAAAAUCCAUACUUGAAUACAUAUCCAGGGAAGCAAAUUACAGGAACUACACCUUCAUUCUGUUGAAGGAAGAUUUCUCACGUGGGAAAGGAUUGGAUGUUGGUGCCCGGGCUUGGAAGGGGAGCAAUGUCCUGCUGUUUUUUUGCGACGUCGAUAUAUACUUCACUGCGGAGUUCCUGAACACGUGCAGAUUGAAUGCCCAGCCAGGAAAGAAGGUUUUUUACCCAGUCCUCUUCAGCCAGUAUAACCCUACCAUUAUUUAUGGUCACCAUGACUCCAUUCCACCCAUUGAACAACAGCUGGUGAUCAAGAAAGAUUCAGGCUUCUGGAGGGACUUUGGUUUUGGAAUGACUUGCCAAUAUAGAUCAGACUUCAUCAAUAUAGAAUGCGGUACUUGAUGGUAUGAGUGUGAGAGGGCAAAGGAGAAGGAAAAGACAGACCUUACCUUCUUUUGCAACAGUGGAAUCUGAUAGACUUGAUAUAUCCAGGGUAUUUUUUUUUAAAAAUACAGGUAUGUUACAGUAAUUUUGUAAAAUAUCCUGGACUGAAUAUGUUAAUUAAAAUCUAUGCAGUAUUUGUACAGUCAUCUGUUGAUUUCAGGUUUGUGAAGUGCUGUUAAUUUUGAAAUUUUAUAAAAGCUUUGGUGUAAAACAAAAUGUUUACAUUAACUGGAUUUAUAAAUUGCUUAAGUCAGAGGCUGGGCAUUCUCAACUUAAAUAAUGUACCUAGAUUACAUGCUAUUGAUCAAACAGGUCACUCACCGCUUGUGGUCCAGCACUUUCUUAUAGAGAGGAAUUACACACUUCUAUCCCGUUUUACACUUCAACUCAAUAUUGAAUCAUUAACUUCUAGGGAGCAGGUGGCCAUUUGGCCACUUACAGUUGUGCUAGCUCUUUGCAAUGAUUUAUUGAAUUAGUCUCACUCCCUUGUUCUGUUCCCCCAACCCAAUGUUUAUCAUAAAUAUCAAAUUCCCUUCAGAAUGUUACUGGAGCAGUUUACAUGACCUUUUUGGGCAGUAAGCCAGAUCAUAGACAGACGUACAAGAAAAUCUCAUCUCUCUAGUAUUUUUCCUUCUCCUGGCUGCAAGUGAACAAAGUGCACACUUGCAUCUAUUUCCUUAGCUCAUGUUUCCUGGAACAACCAAUACAUUGAAGCUAGAAGCUACAGAUCAAGAACACUUCAGAAUCAAGAACAGCUGAUCAGCAGAGUCUCACUCCUACUGCUGCCAUUCUAGUAUUUUCAGGUUGAUAUGUUUUACAUAUUGGCUACAUCAUCUAUAUUGGUUAGGACUCUAACCCAUUGUCCCUAGAUCUUUUGCCAAUUAUUUUUAAAUCUUAAUAUGUGUCGUCUAGUUACUGGCCCUCCUGCCAUUUGGAAUAAUUUCUCUCCACGUACGCAAAAUCCUUCCUAGUUCACACUGAUUUUGAAACACAUUUGGGGCCUAACAAUUAGCACUGUGCAAAAUUUGAGGCUCAGACUGGGCUACUGGAUACACAAAAGCUCUCCUUCAGUUUGACCACUAGCAUGAAGAAGCUUGGUACGAAAUUAAAUGGACCAGAAAAAUCAAAUUUCGCCCAGCCCUAUUGAAAUACAUCAAAGGUUUUCCUUGUAUCCAAUGCUGUUCUGUAGAUAUCAAUGCAUUUACUUUUUAAAAAUGUUGGUAAUUUAAGUUAACUGUAAAAUAGUGUACAGUAACGGACUUCAGGUAAGCUAAAAUUGUGCUGUUUAGGGUGUUUUGUAUAAAUGCUGAACA